AUGACGGUUUGUGACGGUGAUCCUCCUCUAUUCGAUCUCACCUCAAAUGGCACAAAAGCUUUCCUACAACAAUUAGCAAAUUUUCAAGAUUCCUACUCGGCGGUGCAUCGAUGGCUGUGCGUGAUGAUUUGUAUGUUGGGCAUUGUCCUCAAUACAGCCCACAUUUUUGUGCUCUCACGGAAACAAAUGCGAAUAUUUGCAAUCAAUAGUAUUCUUUGCGUGAUGGCGGUGUGCGAUGUGGUGACAAUGAUAUCCUAUCUCAUAUAUAUUGUUCGUUUCAAAAUUCUCGACAAUGAUGCUCAUCAAAUGGGCUAUCCCUACAUUUGGCUGAUCUUCUUGAUGUACCACGUGGUUGCAUCGAUCGCUUUGCACACAGUAUCGCUGUAUUUGAGUGUGAUCAUGGCAUAUAUCAGAUGGACGGCUCUUGAUCGACUUGAUAGUAAAUGGGUUCGAAGUCGAUCUGUUGGUCACAUAUUUUUCUUCACUUGUUUGGUGGUGGCAGCGGUUUCGAUACCCACAUUGAUGGUGCAUCGAAUUGUCCCCGUCAAAGAAGUAUUGCCUCCAGAUUUUGGAUACAAUUACUCGUUGGAUGGCCUUUACACAGUGACUUUGGAUGAACAGGUACUCGCCCAUGGGUGUCUUCUCUUCAAAAUAAAUCUCUGGAUUACUGGGAUUUGUUUUAAAGCUUUUCCUUGUUUUUUACUCUUUUGGUUCACUUGUGCAUUGAUUCACAAAUUGUGCGAAAUGAGUGAGAAACGGCGAAGACUUCGCGGAACCGAUCCACCGUCGGGGAGUGUUGAAUGGAGCACGAUGAAUGCCUAUUCGACAAUUAAUAAUGCUAGAAAGAAGAAAUUAGCGGUGGAUAAAACGACCGUGAUGCUCAUCAUCAUGUUGACCGUUUUCCUGUGCACCGAAUUGCCUCAAGGGCUCCUCGUCAUACUGAAUGCAAUUUACACCACUCACGUCCACUAUUAUGUGUAUUUGAAUCUCGGGGAGGUGUUGGACUUGCUCUCGUUGGUCAACUGCAAUGUGGGCUUUGUGCUGUAUUGUUUCAUGUCAUCUCGGUAUCGGGCCACUUUCCGAGCCGUUUUCCUCACACCGCUCACUCGACCAGCGAACUCAAAUACCUACACAUUGCACUCAUUUAAAGCUCUUAUCACU